CUCCUAGGUUGAAGAAAAUAAGGAGUGAUAAAAAAAAGGAGAGGAAGGAUAAAAACAGGCGAUAUAAAGGAUAAACCGAGUGGUAGCCUGGUGCAUCUCAUGGCCCCUCCAAAAAGGUGUAAGCCCGAGUGGUAGCCAAGUUCAGCUCAUGGCCCCUCGAAGAAUGUGUAAGCCAGAGUGGUAGCCGAGUUUAGCUCAUGGCCCCUCGAAGAAAAUGUAUACGCGAGUGGUAGCCGAGUUCAGCUCAUGGCCCCUCGAAGAAUGUGUAAGCCAGAGUGGUAGCCGAGUUUAGCUCAUGGCCCCUCCAAGAAAGUGUAAGCCAGAGUGGUAGCCGAGUUUAGCUCAUGGCCCCUCGAAGAAAAUGUAUACGGGGGUGGUAGCCGAGUUUAGCUCAUGGCCCCUCGAAGAAAGUGUAAGCCAGAGUGGUAGCCGAGUUUAGCUCAUGGCCCCUCGAAGGAAAUGUAUACGCUUGUGGUAGCCGAGUUCAGCUCGGCUGAAAAAAAAAAAAAACAUAAAGCGGUAUAUCGUUUUUUUUUUUGUUUCGCGUUCUUCUUCUUCUUCUUUUUCUUAUUUAUUUCAGCCAGCAGAACCCGGCUGACCGGUCUGGUACAGCUGUCCGAUAUUCAACAAUAACAAUUCUAUGGAAUACAAUGGAUGGUCGGUCACUGGUUUGCUUAGAUGGAUUCAACCGAACCCGGCUGUUGUCCGGCGUGAUGGCGUGCCGUCCAAGAUUUGGCAAAAACAAUUCCAUGUAAUUCAAUGCCAUGGUAAACAAGUGUGAUUGUAUAAGUGACGAUCGCACACAUAGCAUUGCAACGGGUGGGCUGGUGGCAACCUGAGCUAUCAGGAUCAGUCGCUUUUGGUGUAGCAAGCGGACAGCAUCGUCACAGAACAAGCACGGAAGUGGUUUAGAAAGAUGGCAGGUUGGACAGUUGAGAACAAUUUGGAGUGUGCCCUGGAAGUGCGUAGUGAGAGCAAGGAAAAAGAUUACAAGGGGGAUUUUUUGGCCGGUUCUUGGCCGCUUAAACCAUUUUCGGAAGAGCUUCCUAUCCACGAGCGGAAAGCAGAGUGGGCGCGUUUUAAAGGACAAUAUGAGAGAAUAGUGAUGUGUAAAGGAAAAGUGAAUUCGGAAAUGAAGUUGAUAGCUUUGAAAGUAUUUGCUGGAAGCUAUCUGCUAAACAUUAUAGAAAUGCAGGAAAGACGAGUGAAAAGUGGUGAAGGGGACGUGUAUACAGAAACAGUGAAAGGGGUAGACGAUUUUUUCAACGGCAUAUGUGAUGAGGGAAAAGAAAGGAUGAAGCUGAGAGAAAUGAAAAUGGAAGCUGAUGAAACAUUUGGUGAUUGGGUGUUAAGAUUAGAAGCUCAAGUGAAAUUCUGUGGUCUGCCAGAAGAACAGAAAAUUGAAGAGUUAGUGCAAGCUGUGUUGCGACGUUCGGUUCCCCAGAUUGCCGAAAAAUUGUUUGAAAUGGCAGAUUUAUUUGGGAAUGAAUUGGACAAAUUAGUAAAGCAUGGUAAACACCUUGAUUUCGUAAGAAUGGAAAAGAGAGAGAUAGAACAAAAGCUUGCCAAAAGCACGACAAAAGAAUUUACAGAUAGCGAUAAUUAUGUAGCGGCAGUGACUUCGUGGAGAACGAAAAGGGAACGAUAUGAGCCGUACGAACAACAACAAAACAAGAGACUAUCGGGAAUGCAUCCAAACGGUUUUCGGAACACGUAUAAUAAGGGAGCAACGAAAUGCUCAAAGUGUGACAAAAUACAUGGCUGGGGGAAGUGUGGAGCAUCCAGAUCAAAAUGCUUCCGGUGCGGUGCCAUAGGACAUCUGGCAAUUUCUUGCAGAACCAGAUUGGGAUCAAAUCGAUUUCCAAAUGUGGUGAAGAAGCAGACCGAGGACAUUAAUCAGGUGGUAAUAGGAGACCCCGCUGCAGAACGUUUUCCGACGAACGAGGAAGGCAUGCAGUAACCGACGAUCCAAGGCGCAUUAACUGCAUGAUCGGAAAUGUGCCUAUCAUUUUCUUACUAGAUACUGGGGCAUCGGUGAACACUGUUACUGCUGAGAGUUGGUGGCAAAUAAGGACACACGCCCAGUCAAGUGUGCGUGAAUGGCAGCCACACCCUGAAACAACGCUGCGGAGUUAUGCGAAUAGUGCAGUUUUGGACGUAGAAUGCUCAUUUAAAGCAAUAAUAUGUGCAGGUGGAACUAAUAGAACUAUGGCAAAAUUUUUUGUGGUAAAGGGAGCUGAAAUAUCCCUGUUAAGUUUUAACACAGCAGUCAGCUUAGGUUUAGUAUGCAUAGGACCUGGAAAGCAUUAUAUGUUGCGUAACAAAACACAAGAGACGACAGUAAAGGAUACAUUUCCUAAAUUGAAUAUUGGUGCGGUGAAAUUUAGAAUAGACAAAACAGUCACACCCAAACAAAUAAUACGUUAUAAUAUACCUAAAGCAUUUGAGAGAGCCGUGAAUGAGAGACUAGAGGAAAUGGAGCUUAACGGUAUCAUUGAGUAUGUAGACAGCGAGGAUGCGGAAAUAUCUUUUGUGUCACCUAUGGUGCUAGUGCCGAAAGGAAAUAAGGACUUUAGAAUUGUUAUUGAUUAUAGAGAAGCGAAUAAGGCUAUCAUACGAGAUCCGUACCCCAUGCCAUCGUUAGAAAGAAUUUGGACUGAUAUCCCCAACAACGAUGGAAAGAUUUUGUUUUCUAAGAUAGAUUUGAAAGACGCAUACUUUCACAUAGAAUUACAUAGUGAGGUGCGCCAUUUGACUGCGUUUAUGACGAUGAAUGGAUUAAUGCGGUUCAAGAGAUUACCUUUCGGGCUAUCUUGUGCACCGGAGAUUUUUCAAAAAGAGAUGGAGAAAGUUUUCAGAAAUUGCAAAAAUGUUCUUAUAUACCUAGAUGAUAUUUUGAUGUACGGUAAAUCGUUGAAAGAACUAAAGGAAAUAGAAAAUAUGGUUAGGGAAGUUAUUAAAAAAAUGGACUUACCAUUAACGAAGAAAAAUCGUGUUAUGGUCAGGAAAAAGUGAAUUUCUUAGGAUUAACACUAGAUGGAGAAGGAAUAUUACCGAUGAGGGAAAAAAUGACAGCCAUUCAAAAUUUUGACAGACCUAAGGACGUAGGUGAACUUAGAAGUUUUUUAGGAAUGUUGACUUUUAUUGGCCCAUUUAUCAGAGACUUUUCACAUAAAACUAAGCCGUUGAGGGAUUUGAUAAAAAGAGAUAAAUUUAAAUGGGAUGAGAUGCAUCAAAAUACGUUUGAAGAAUUGAAAAAGGUUGCUAUGGAAGACCUUAUCAAAAGGGGUUAUUUCAAUGAAAAGGAUAGGAUCAUACUAUAUACUGAUGCAUCACCUUGGGGCUUGGGAGCAAUUUUAGCCCAAGAAAAAUUGAGCACGUCCGAAAUGCGUAUUAUUGCAUGUGCAUCCAAAGGAUUGACGGAGACGGAAAGCCGCUAUCCGCAACUGCAUAGGGAGGCUUUGGCCAUAGUUUGGGCUAUGGAACGAUUUGCUUACUAUCUAUUAGGAAGGAAAUUUUUGUUGCGAUCAGAUAGUGAAGCGUUGAAAUUUAUGAUUAAACCGGCUAAACAAAAAGAUAUAGGAAAGAGGAUUAUGUCCAGGGCAGAAGGAUGGUUCAUCAGACUGGACCAUUAUGAUUUUGAUUUCGAACACGUUCCGGGAAACGAGAACAUAGCAGAUACUGCGUCUAGGCUGUGCAGAUCUAAAGAGGAUUACCAAUUUGGGGUUGCUAAGGAGCCUCACGAACUAUGUUUGGUUACUGCGUGCGUAAACCAGGUUAAUGAAACACUAUUGGCGUUAACCACGGAAGAAGUAGGAAAGGAAUUAGAAAAAGAUGUUAUAUUAAACAAGGUUAUUGCUUGGUUAGAUAAAGAGAAUGAAUGGCCACAAGAAAUUGCAAGGUAUAAAGCGUUUCAGAGGGAGCUGUAUGUGGAAAACGGUUUCCUAUUUAAACAAGAAAAGAUGGUCCUCCCGCAUAUACUUAGGAACCGAGCGUUAACAUUAGCUCAUAGAAGCCACCCUGGCAUGUCCACGAUGAAAAAUGUUCUGAGAACGGGACUUUGGUGGCCCGGUAUGGACAAAGAGAUUGAAGCUUUUGUUAGAAGCUGCCCAGAAUGUCAGCUAGUGAAAACGACAAAUACGGCGGUACCUAUAGAAUUAACGGAGCUACCGGAGAAUCCAUGGGAUUAUGUGUCAAUGGAUAUUUCAUCUACCACAGAUAAUGUUAAAACAUUGGUGCUUACAGAUAAUUACUCGCGAUUUCUGAUAGCCGUCCCUCUAGAGCGAACGGAUGCGAAUAGUAUACAAAAAGCAUUGAACAGGAUAUUUUUAACAUACUAUGUACCUAAGAAAUUAAAAGCAGAUAAUGGACCCCCGUUUAAUGCGGUAGAUUUCAAAAGAUGGUUAGCAGAUGUAUGGGGGAUAAAACUCAUAAAUAGCACGCCUCUAAAUCCUACCGAAAAUGGGUUAGUUGAGCGUGGAAUGCAAGGUAUAAAUAAGAUUGCAGCCAUUGCACGGUUAGAAAAAAAAUGCUGGAAACAGGCCCUUGCGGAAUAUGUAGCGGAUUAUAACUCAUGGCCGCACCAUGUAACUAAAAUAGCACCAGCCGAACUAAUGUUUGGUAGAGCUAUUAGGCAUAGGUUACCAAACCCAAAAACGGGUACUAGACAAGCGAACGAUGAUGAAUUACGAGACAGGGAUAAAAUGGCGAAAUUUCAGCGCAAUCAAAGAGAGGAUACAAGGCGUGGAGCUAGGCCUCUUAGCAUUAAACCUGGGGAUACGGUUUUAGUUAGAAAUCAAAAAGCAGAUAAGACAGACUCAUCGUACAAAAAAGAAUUGCAUGAGGUACUUAAAAUUUGUGGUGCUGGCAGGGUAACGGUGAAGGAAAAAAAAUCAGGAAAAAUUUACGAUCGUAAUGUAAAGCACAUAAAAAAAUUUUUCAUGCGAAAAGCGGAGGAAGGGUUGACAAGUGGUAGUAGUAGUUCGGAGGAAGUAGCAGGGCUAGUGAAAGAACGACAGGCUAGGCUGAUUAAAAAACCAAAACGAUUAAUCGAAUAUUAAAGAAUUUGUAGCCUUAUUCCUCAAGGGGAGGAUGUGGUAUGUGAGAGUAGCAGUGUGGGUGUGCGGGCAGUAGGAGGUUGGACGGAAUAAAGAGCAGACGUGUGUUACUGUA